AUGGGAGUCACCAGUGCUCCCCUCAAGUCGCCCAUGGGGUCACCAGCAGUGCCCUACGAGCCCGUGCAGACCAUGUGGGAGGCUCGACCACGCAAAUACAAGAGCGUCCUGUUUCAAGUCUGUUCCUUCAUCCUCAUGAUGGAGCUAGCCGAGCGUCUCAGUUACUAUGGUAUCAACCAAGGUCUCAAGAACUUCAUGCAGAAAAUCGGAUGGAGUCUCGUGUCUGCCAGUGCCUUGAAGAGUACCUGGACGUCCAUUUGCUACCUGACUCCGCUGUUCGGUGCUUACCUGGCCGAUGAACGAUGGGGCCGCUUCCGUACGAUCCUGACAUUCGGUAUCUGGUACUGCAUCGGUGACUUCCUCGUGGCUAUUGCAGCCUACCCGACGGUCAUGACGAAUUCUGCUGUUGUGAACCCGAUCUUCAUCAUCGGUUUGUUUGUCGGCAUCGGCAUCGGUACUGGUGCUAUCAAGUCGAACGUGAUCACGCUCGGUGCUGACCAGUUCGACCCGCACGACCCGAGCGAGGUACAACAGAAGGAGACGUACUUCUCGUACUUUUACUUCUGUAUCAACAUCGGCGCUGGCUUCUCGUACGGUUACCUUUCGGUUCUGUGCGUUGAUGGUUCGGCACAGAUUCCCGCCGAAUACGGAUACUUUGCCACGUACAUGAUCUGCGCAGUCGUGAUGCUAUUCGCUAUCGCCAUGCUAUGUGUUGGUUACCCUCGCUAUGUCUUCAUGCCGCCCAACGAUCGUUCCAUUUCGAUGAUGUGCCGUCUUGGCUGGGCCAACGCUCACCAGACCCGCAAUGGCUUCAUCCUCGUUUCGGCCACUUUCUGCUUCCUGGCUGCGUUGGUUGUCAACGUCAUUUCGGCUUUCACCGUCGACAAGGCGGACGUUGGCAACAUCAUGUCGUACAUAGCUGCCGUGCUGGUUCUCGCCGGUAUUGUAGGCUGGGUGUACGCCGGUCAGGACCAAUCCUUCCUGGAUGUGUCUAAGAGCAGCAUGGGCGGCACUUUCGACGACGAGCGUGUCGAGGGGUACAAGAAACUGGUGCGGGUGCUCCCGUACGCCGCCUUCACGAUCAUCUGGAACUGCGCGUACGACCAGACGGAUGCCAACUUCCAGUCCAUCACACAGCAGUGCGACCUGCGUCUCGACAGGAGCGACCCGGACAGCAAACAGAUCCCUGGUGCCAUGCUCGGAGUGUUUGAUCCGAUUGUCAUUGUCAUCUGCAUUCCCAUUCUAGACUCGAUCGUGUACCCGCUGUACACCAAGAGGGUUGGCAAGUCUCCUUCUCAGUUCGGCAAGUCUGCUAUUGGCCUCAUCAUCGCCAUCAUCGGUAUCUUCUGGGCUGGUAUUUUCGAGGUGAUCCGUCGUAACGCCGGCGCCCUCGAAGACGCGAAUGGAGACCCAAUUCUUGAUGGUGGAAGCUCGGAGCCCAUGAACGACAUUUCGUGGGCCGCUGCUAUUCCCAACUACGUCUUCAUCGGUCUGGCCGAGUGUCUGAUCAACGUUACCGCCUACGAUCUCGUGUACUCGAGCGUGCCGCUGUCGUUGAAGUCGAUGGCUCAGGCCGUCAUCCUUCGCUCCCGUCCGACAACCUGA